AAUCCAUUGGGCACUGACACACUCAACCUCCUCAAUAAUGUAAAAGAUGUGUGUGUUUUGCUGAUAGGGCUCGAUCAGUGGCAACGCAAGGUUGGUCCUCUCUCUCUCUCUCUCUCUGGCAGGAUGACGACGGCAUUGUCCCCCGAGCAGAUCACAGAGUACAAGGGAGUGUUUGAGAUGUUCGACGAGGAAGGAAAUGGUUUGGUGAAGACAAGCGAACUGGCCAGGCUGAUGAGUCUGUUGGGCAUCAAUCCCACCAAACGGGACCUGGCGAAGAUGGCUCAAGACGUGGACAAAGAUGGUAAAGGCAUCUUUAACUGCGACAGCUUCAUUGUGCUGAUGGGAGAAUAUCACGAAAAGUCCAAGAACCAGGAUGCUGAGCUGAGGGAGGCGUUCAAGGUGUUUGAUCAAGAAUCAAAGGGUUACAUCGAAUGGAACACUCUAAAAUACGUCCUUAUGAGCGUAGGGGAGCCCCUCAACGAGGAAGAGGCCGAGCAAAUGAUGAAAGAAGCUGACAAGGAUGGCGAUGGAACCAUUGACUAUGAAGAGUUUGUGGCCAUGAUGACUGGUGAGUCCUUCAAGCUGAUCCAGUGAACAUCACCCUGAAGCCAGGGUUCCUUCCACCUCAACAACCACCUCCGUCCCCACCCCUGGGUCACAGCCCCCUGCCCAGCAGAACAAUGUUUACACACAGCCCGUCCACAAGAACACUGGGCUCAAAAGUACACAGCUCCUGAAUGGAUCGACACUGUGCUUUUCAGCCUGAAAAUAUUGAAUCAAUAAAUCAUUUUAAUAAAUAGACAA